UCUCUAUGGCGGAAGAACAGCAAGAAGGAAACUGAUUUGUGCGGGAGAGAGAGGGGUGCAUGACGUGACAUGGCGAGCGGCCAGUGAGCAGACACAGGAAAUCAGAGGCGGGGUAGACUGCGGUUCCUGCGACGGUGCCUGAUCAGAAGAAGCAAAUCAGCGGAGGCGCUGAAGCUGCACAAAGACUCGGCUGUCGGCCCGGAUCAUGCAGUAUGGAAAAUCCUAAAUUUGAUCCGGAUUUUGUCGAUCAUAUCACAUUAUGUGGUGCUUAUAUUAGACCAUGUUGUGAAGUGGUUCGGGAAAAAUUUGGAAGCUGUUCUACAAAGAAAUACAAACCAGGUGAAAUCUGUAAAAUAUGGUGUAGUAAACCAAUUCCUGAGCUGCACAAAUAUUGUGAUGUGAUUAAAAUAUAUACCUUUUGGCCAUUUUUAUUUGCUCCUGGAUGUAACCACACAAAGAAAUGUUAUGAUUACAGUGAUUGUGAAGUCGGUGAGCUAAAUUUGGAGAGACUGUAUGAAAUUGAGACUUUAGAAGAUGUUACUGAUAUAGCCAAAAAGUUUGCAGAUGUUCCACGUUUCAUCAAUGGCAUAUUGAAAAUUGGAACUGAAAUAGACAAUAGAAUUUUCAAUAUUUAUGAUGCUCUUGACUGGAUAAAACAUGCAGAUGACAUUGGAAUUUUAAAGAAAUUGGAAAAACUUGGAGAUUAUAGUUGGCCUUUCCUGGAAGUUUUCUUUGGUGAAUACAAGCAUCAUAUAAGCAAAAUUAUAUUGGAAGACUACAAUUUAAUAGAAGCAUUUGAAUCUCAAAACUGUGAAAGCUGUAUGAGGAAGAGUGAGAUUAUGAAGAAGAAGGGAAAUGAAGCUUUUGCUAAAGAGAAGUUUGAUACUGCUGUCACUUCCUAUACAAAAGCUAUAGAGUUAUGGCCUGAAAAUCACAUUCUUUAUGGCAACCGGGCCCUCUGUUUUAUCCGAACUGGGCAGUAUAAAAAAGCCCUGUAUGAUGGGAAAAGAUCCAUCAUUUUGAAGCCCAGCUGGCCAAAGGGACACUAUAGAUUCUGUGAUGCUCUCUCUCUCUUGGGGGAGCACAAAAAAGCACUAGAAGCCAAUGAGAGAGCUCAAGACCUAUGCAAAAAUAGUCCUGAAGGAAUUAAGGAUCUUAUUCAGCAAUACGAGAAAUUAAAGAAGCAAAUGGAUGGAAUUAGAGGUGUGAAGCAAAAUAAACACAGAAUAAAGAGACCAGCAGUUCAGAAAAAUUCUUCAGAACCUGCUUCAAACAAUACCCAGGAAUCAAAGAAACCUGACAGUGAAAAGAAAAUGCAGUCAGACAACCAUCUUUGUAAACCAAAGCAUAUGAAAGUAACUGCUAAUAUGUUAACUAAAGAAAACAAAGAUUGGCUUUCAGAUACUUCAUCAGGGCUGGGUGAAAAUCCAGGAAAACCAAAGAGCAAAAUGGGUGAUUCUGAAAAGAUAAGAGAUGAGCUGAACUUGAAAUCUGAUUCUCAAAGAUAUCUGGACAAACAGAAAACUCCCUGUAGUAUUGCCCAACAGGAGAAUUUAAUCCUGUCACUGGAAAUGUUGAAGACUUUUAUUAAAGAUGGAUGUACAUCUUUGAUGGAUCAUCGUUUUCACAGUGCUGAACAAUCUUUUACACGAUUAUUAAAUAUUCUAGAUCCAUCCAAUCUACAGCCAUUAAAUCUUGCUGUUGUUGAUUAUGUUGUAAUCAUCUAUGGACAUGCCACUGCUCUCCUUGGAAUAGGGCAGCCUGAGGAACUAUCUAAAGCCAAAGACCAUUUUAAUAACAUAAUUGAGCAGUACGAGAAAGUAAGAUUUGAUUGCUUAGCACAUUAUGGAAUUGGAAAAGUGUAUUUGAGACAAAACAGGUUUUUAGAAGCUCUAGACCAGUUUAUGAAAUCAAAGACCAUGAUUCAUCACAAGAUUAUCCCGGGUGUAUUGACAUGGCCUACAACUUCAAUAGUUAUUGAAGAGACAAGAACAGAAAACAUUCAAGUUAUAUUGGAAGAUUGUAUUGAAGAAUGCAGGUUUCCUCCAAAUCCAGAUGCAAUCUGUCGCUACCAGCAGUGCCAAGCACAUAAAAUCAAAAUCUAUUUUAGUGACCCAGAUUUCAAGGGUUUUAUACGUGCUACCUGUUGUGAACAAUGUAAAGUGGAGUUUCAUGUAAACUGUUGGAAGAAGUUGAAAGCAGCAAGAUACACAGAUAAAAAUGACAAGGAUUUUCUUCGAGAGUUAUGUUUCACUCCAGAUUGUAGAUGCCUCAUUUCUAAAAUUGUUGUCUUCAGCUCUUCUGGUCUUAUAAAAUGUGAGUUUGAACAUAAAAUAAAAACCAAGAAUCCUCCAAAACCCAUUGUUAAACAAGAGUGCUCGAGUUCUAGGAACCUACAAAAAAAACAAGAGCGAAAAUUAAGGAGAAAAUUCAUGAAAGAAGCUGUUUUGCUAUCGCUAAGAGACCUUGCAGACGUAUUUCAUGCAGCAAACUUUGCAUCAAAUGAUGAGUGUGAGAAAGUCAUGGUGAAUGGUCUUGUUGGUGUUGUUAAGAAGAAUUAUUUUGUUGAGGAUACAGUCCUGCAGCUUAUUGUGCAAAAUGCUGCAAACAUACAGAGAGGUGUUCAUGAUGCCUUCAAACUUCUUAAUGAGCUGCUUUCAUGGUGGGUAAUUAGCGAAACGGACUACGCACUGUUUUCAUCAAGUUGUCUGACAUCAAUUGAAGUGAUGGAUCGGCUCAUAAACUUCUUAAUCGACAAAAAUAAUAGAGUGAAGACAAGAAUUUUUGUUCAUGUUUUAAGUGAGCUUAAAGAACUGGAUCCUAAACUACAUGAUUGGAUGAAACAUCUUGAUAGUAAUGGUUUAAAAGCUACAAAACGGUAUAGCGCUGAGUAUGGAAUUCACUUUUUAGGUCUUGAUCUUGAUUUAAUAGCGGUGCUCUGGAAUGAGAAAUAUGGCAUUAAACUAGGGAGGGAGUUCACCUGCACAUCUCCAGAUAUGUUUGAAAUACUAGAUUACUUUGAAGAGCUACCUUUAAUGGAACUUCGUUGUCUUUUAUGGCUAUUAGAAGAAAACAGAGAGAAUUUCCCAUUUCUUCAUCAAUAUUUAGAUGACUAUUUUGAUAACAUGGAUAAUCCUUUUACUGUAAUAAGGAAAGAUGAAACUGAAACUACUCCAAAUAAUGCUAUCAAAGUGAAAAACAGGAACCGAAAGAAGGCAAAGGAAUCAAAGCCUAUUUUUUUUCUGUCUGGUGGAGUUGGUACUGUAACUCGAGAAGAAGACAAUAUAUUUUCCGAAGAAAGUACAUUUUUUAUGAAUCCACGUGACCCUUUCAGAAUCCCAGAUGGUCUUAAUGAACAGGUGGCGAUAUUUGAAGCUUUGUAUAAUAACAGUUCUUCCAAUAGCAGUUAUCAGAGAAUUUUGGACAAUUACCCAGACCCAACUUGUGAAAGCUUAUAUGACUAUUUCUCUCAGAUCUUGGAAGAACAUGGUCCUAUGGAAAUUGAUAAUCCACUGUUAAUUGGAGAAUACGAGCAUUUUCCUCCAGAUACCCGUAAAAUUGUGGAGGAGGCUGGUGGGCUGAAAUCUUUCCUGUUGGAAUCUCUACGUUUUGUUAUGAUGGGUGACCUUAUUGGCUUGAUGAAACAUGCAGUUAUGCUGAAGGAAAAUGCAGAUGUCACUGGAGUUGAAGAAAGAACUAGAAAAGAAGAAACUUACUCAGCAUGCCUGCAAAGUCAAGAAAACAGUUUCCAAAGCAAACCACAUUUAAACCCAGCUGCUAAGGAGUUCAAGCCCAUCUCAUACAUUAAUAAACUUUAUGUGCCAGUAUCUACUCAUACAGCAGCCAGUGGCACUCUAGAACACAAGACUGCCAGUCAUUCUUCUUUUAGUCCUUUUGUUUCGACAUACUCUCUUUCUUGUCAGGCAAGUGACACGAUAGCAGCAUCACUGCCUAUGUCAAAAGUAUCCUUGCCUUCAACUAUACCUGAAAGCCAUCCUAAGUGUCAGAAUGAGAGUCUGUCAGAGUAUCAGGAUGAGAGAAUGCUUCCAGUGAUUACUGAAAUACCGGCAGCCGGUAUUUCAGAGCAAUCUAAUUAUAUAUGUGCAGAUUAUGAUGCUUACCUUGAUAUUGAUUCAGAAGCAAUAUCGAACAGCAAGUACAGCACUGGUAAUCUUGUAGCAAGUGAUGAAGUGCAAACAUUCCAGAACCCUUGGGACCUAUCAGUGAAGCCUGACAUUCACCCUUAUGAAACUAAUCCUGAUCAGAUUGAGAAUAAUAAUAAUGAAGCUGGGUGUGGUUCUGUUACUAAAACCGAAACCAAGCAUAAAUCUAUAGCGAGAAAUAAUCACCGUUCUAGGAUGAUUGCUGUUCAGGUAGAUCAAGAACUAGCAGACGAGGGAGUUAAUACUUCGCCUUUUCAUCCAUAUGAAACCCAACAAGGAGAUAUGUUACGUACGGAAAAAGAGCAUCAGGUACUACAAGAGCAACUGAAACAAGCAAAUGAGAAGUAUGAACAGCUUAAAUGUCGAAGCUCUGAAGAAAUCAGUGUUUUAGAAAAUGAGUUAUCACUACUUGCUGAAGGAAACAAGCUCACCAAAAGAGAACUGGAUUGGUUUCACCAAGAUGUAGAAAUGGAGAUGAAAAAAUGGCAACAGGAAAAAAAAGAAAAUCAAGACGGAUUAAAAGUAGGAAAGAAUAAAAUUAAGAAGCUAACAGAAACCCAUGAAAUAUACAUGAGAAACUUUGAUGAGAAGGAUAAGCAAUAUAAACUAUAUUUGGAUAAAUUCCUUGAGAUCAGUAAUAAGUUUGAAAAUGAAAAAGUAAAAAUAGAGGAGCUUAUAAAGAAGAGCCGUGAUGACCACCAAGAGUGUAUUAAACGAGCUAUUGCAGCAGAGGUAUCAGUGCUUGAAAACUGGAAAGACACCGAAUUAUAUAAACUAUCCAGAAUAUCAACAAAUGCAGAAACUUACCUUAAGUAUCUAACGUUCAUGACCAGCCGCUCCUCAGUACCUCAAUCAAAGAUGCAAAUAAAUUCUUGGGAGUCCUUCAUUUCUAAUAUCAAGGAAGAAAUUAGGAAAGCAGAGAGUCAGUUUGAAGAGAGAAUUUAUCUGGUGAAAAAUGGUGCCGUUCUACAUAGUAUCUCCAAAGUGGAAAUUACAGAACUUCAGCCUCCUACUGUUCUCUCAUCCGCAACACAUGAGAGGUCUCCUAUUAAUGAUCCAGCCAUCUUAAUGUAUUCAGCUGCAGCUCCACACCUGCCCUCUAAUUUGUUUGCUACAUAUUCAAGUUCUAAUGAUGAUAAUCCUCUGCACUCUACAGUUAUCGGGCAUACUGGAAAUAAAAUAUCCAAUAAAGCUUCUAGGCACACUCAAGCAAAAAAACGGUUGGGAGAAACUCCCUCUGACUGCAGAAAGAAAUCACUUUCUGAUAAAAUAUGCCUACCAGAGUCACCAGGAAACACUAGAAGACCUAUUCAGGACAUGCAGCUACAAUGCAGCAGUCAAGAGGAUCCAGCAGCAGCUGCAGGGCUGGACCAUGUUGAAGCAAUAAACAAACCAAUGCUUCAAAAACCAUCAAAAAAUAUCAUUGAUCAGCUUAAAAUUAUAUUUCCCCACCAUACAAGUUCAGAUUUUGAGAAUUUCAUAAAAGAAGUAAAAGUCAAGAAUAGAAACAAAUUGAGCCCAGAUGAACUCCUUAGCAGGGUAACAGAAUUAAUUCUGGAUAAUCCAAACAAGAAAAAGGUUCUCUCUUCUUCAUGGAACAUUGAAAUGGUGUCCUCCACUGCUUCAGGACAGAGCCGAAAUCAGACACCAAAAGUAUUGAAAACAACAGGACAAAGUGUGUCUAAUCUGUCCAAGUCUAAACUUGCUAAUGAAAAAACAAAGAAAACAACUCUCCCACCUCAGUCAACUCAUACAGCUUGGAAAAUUGUUGGAGGAACAUCAAAAUCAAAGUGGAAGAAAUCAAGUGAUGCCACUGAUAAUGAUCCCUGUGUAAUAUGCCAUGAUGAAUUAAGUACAGAAAUGUUGCAUGUGCUAGAGUGUGGACACAGAUUUCACAAACUGUGUAUUGGUCCAUGGAUUAAGGAGCACAGUACAUGCCCAACUUGUCGUCGUCACGUUUUGUUACCUGAAGAUUAUCCUGAGCUUCCUGGCCGAAACAGAACUACUUAGAUGUUACAUAGAGAUCAGCAAGAAUUUGAUUCAACUUAUACAGAAUCAUGGUAAUAAAGAUGUGUGUAGUCUCCUUCUUCCAUUUAUAAAGUAUUGCAUGUUAGAUACCGUAAGUUAUCCCUUUGAAACUUUUAAGCAGAGAUACAGUUACAAAUACUGCCAUUUUAUCCAAUUGUUUCUAUUCUCUUAGGAGUAGUAAUCCGGUUCAUAGGCAUGAGCAAAUAGGUAUUUUGGUUGCACUGCAGCAAAACAGAAAAUUAACAGCCUUGAAAAUGUUCUUAAUAGAUGUUAUUCCCUUAAUGUAUUAAUAAAAAUUUUAAUGAUGAAAUAAA